UUAUAACAUCAAAAAAGACAUUUAUAUCUUUCUAAUAGAAAAAUGUUAAAAAACAUUUCAAGAUUCUCGUAAUACUAUAAUGGCUUUAUCAAAAUUCGAUUGUAAAAGUAAGAAAUGUGGUCCCCAUCGGCCCGACAAUGAAAUUGAAGAUCUGGUAGACCCCAAAGUAAAAGCACGGAUGCAAGAUAUGAUCCUCUCAAAUGAAACGCUUCGAAAAGAGCAAGAAAUCUACUUGGAUAAUGUAAACAGAGGCCUAAAAAAGGAAACAAACCCUAGCGCGAUCAUUAAAUGCUUCCCUACUUAUGUCCAAGACCUUCCAAAUCGUACUGAAACAGGCAAAUUUUUAGCUUUAGACUUGGGAGGAACCAACUUCAGAGUCCUUCUUAUAACUCUUGCUGAUGGAAAAUGUGAUAUGCAAUCUGAGAUCUACGUAAUCCCUAAGGAAAUAUUCACUGGGUCAGGUGUUGAAUUAUUCGAUCACAUCGCCAAAUGCUUAUCAGAGUUUUCUACGAAAUAUGGGGUGCAAGAAGAAAAAAUCCCCUUGGGAUUUACUUUUAGUUUUCCAGUGACCCAAGUGGGACUAACCAAAGGAAUUUUAAAGAAAUGGACCAAAGGCUUUAAGUGUGAUGACGUGAUAGGACAAGAUGCUGUUCAAUACCUUAUAGAUGCAAUUAAACGCAGAAGCGAUGUAGACAUUGACGUGGUUGCUAUCCUUAAUGAUACCACUGGUACUCUUAUGGCAUGCGCCUGGAUUGAACCCUAUUGUCGUAUCGGGUUGAUUGUUGGCACUGGUAGUAACGCUUGCUACUAUGAGUACCAGAAAAAUGCCGAGUUGUAUGAUGAGCCUGAUAUGGGCUCAGGAAGAAUUAUUAUUAACCUUGAAAUGGGUGCUUUUGGAGAAGAUGGUGCUAUCGAUUUUAUAUUAACUGAAGAAGAUAAAGUAGUGGAUCAAAAUAGUAUAAACCCAGGAGGCCAAAUUCAUGAAAAAUGCGUUAGUGGUAUGUACUUAGGUGAGCUUAUGAGGCUAAGAACUUUGGCAAUGAUUAAGGAAGGGUUAAUCUUCCAAGGAUGUCCAAAUGCUCAAGAAUCGUUUGAAAAGGCAAACUUUACCAGUGAAAUAAUUACAAGCAUAGAAUCUGAUCAUGUCAAUACUUAUACUAACGUAAAAGCAGCACUGUCAAAAAUUGGUAUAUCAGAUGCUGACCCCAAAGAUAUGACCAGCCUGCGUUAUGUGUGUCGGUGUGUAAGUAGAAGAUCUGCUCAUCUUGUUGCAGCCUCCUUAUGUGUAUUAAUUAAGAAAAUGGAUGAACCUUACACCGUUGUUGCUGUUGAUGGAUCAGUGUAUAAAUAUCAUCCUCACUACAGGCGUGUUUUGGAAGAAAAAAUGAAAGAACUACUAUCAGGUGAGGACAGCAAAUACAAAUUCAAGCUAAUGCUCUCAGAAGAUGGAAGUGGAAGGGGCGCAGCCUUAGUAGCAGCUGUUGCUGCAAGAAAACAGAAAGAACAAAAAGGAUAAACAAAUAAAACAAGCAUUUUUUAAUAAUACAAUCUUUAUAUGUUUGUAUAAUUCAACUAUGAUAUCCCGACCAAAUAAAUGUUCUACAGUGCCACAUCGGCAACAUUGACCAUGCAAAACCGGAACGAAUAAUAAUUAAUAACAAAUU